AUGGGGCUACUUAACAUAAAGAUUCAAGUGUCAACUUCUGCUCAAGAUAGGCCAGCUUCUCUAACAGAUCGUAGGGCUAUGAAGAUUGCUAGGUUCAAGCACCAGAAGGCUGCAGAGUUAAAGCUGCAAGAAAUCAAGGAACGGAGAGAACGGAGGGGGCGUUCUUCCAAAGCAGCUGCUUUAUCUACUCCUAUUGAGGCUGGGGAAGAAGAUGUGUUGGAUGAUGAUGGAGAGGAGGAACGAGAGGCGUGGCUUACUGCCAUCUCUUUGGCCCUCUGCAAGGCUUUUGAUCUUCUGGAAAUGUUGAAGAAAGAGGAAGAAAUGCUUUCUGCUUUCAAGGAAAAGCAGUUACAGGAAGGGGGCAAAGAAAUUGCUGGUGAUGUCCUUGAUGAGCGAGCUAAGAGAGCAGAGGCUUGGCAUCGUGAUGCUGCAGUUCGAGCACAAUAUACAAAACCAGCAGAGCCAAUCACUUGUGCCACUUUUGCUCAAGAUGUUAUUGAAGGGAGAGCGAUGGUUUCACAAGCACAUGACCACAAACAUCAGCCUCUUAUAUUUGGACCAGCUAGUCUAGUGGGUGGAAGAUUAACAAGUGAAAGGGAACGCAUGGCAGCGCAGGUGUUCCAGCCUGGUCACAGAUUGCCAACCAUGAGCAUAGAGGAGGCUGGGUCGCGUGAAAUGGAAAUGAUGAAUAAAUGGCAAGAAAUGAAUGCGAGGCUCUUGGAAGAAGCCAAUUCCUCGUGGCACCAGGAAGGUCGAAAGCCUGGGCCCAACAAUGAUGAUGAUGAUGAUGAUGAUGAUGAUGCUGCAGUAGAGAAAGCAAGGGCUUGGGAUGACUGGAAAGAUGACCAUCCUCGUGGUGCGGGCAAUAAGAAGCUUACUCCUUGUGGCUAAUUGUUUAGAAUGUCUAUUCAUCUUGUUCUUGCAUAACCUAGUCAUGGUCUCACAAGAAUUUGAGUUCUUUGGAUUCUCUACGGUCGCAAGAUCUGUGCCAUUUUUCCUGAUCUACCAUGUAUUAAUAAGGGCACUUGUUUUUAUGUAUAAUAGAAUUUCUUUCUUAUUUUCAAAGACAACUUAUAUAUGGCUGCUGCUCAGGAAUUUUUAUUGCAGCACUGAACUGUGACCGAAAGUCUCCUUCCCAAAGUAACUUUGUAUCGUGCAAAAAUUUUGGUUGAAUUGUGUGGUUAACAAUAUCCAUCA